AUGCUUGUUAAUACACGUAAUACACGUACUCUACGCCAGGAUAACUUCGCAAUUCGAAAAUCAACAAAAGUGGAGGACUCAACGGACGACACUAUGAAACGGGCAAGGACAGAAAUGUCUACAUCUUCGGUGAUAUCUGGUACUAGUACGAAAUCAACUGGAUAUAACUCAAUCGUUAUUCCUGCACCCAUAGUACCGUCACAAUACAAUGCAAAAAAUGCUGGUAGAAAGAAGACAAAUCCGGUGUGGAAUUAUUUCGUGGAUUUGAAAACGAAAGGACUGAGUGGUGUGCGAUGCCGUUAUUGCGAGUGGAUAACAAAUGACCGCAGUCCAACAACGUUGAAAUUCCAUUUGAAACGUAAACACGACACGGGCCUUGGUGGCGUUUGGAAUAUCGUGGAAGAACGAAUUGGUAUCAAUCAGCCGCAGGGCCGUAGCCGUUUUGUUAUUAAUAAUAAGAAUGGUGAAACAGUUCCCUUCAUGAUCCCUGUGGAUACUGAAAUAAGACCAGAACCGGAUAGAGACCAACAGUGUUAUCCUGAAGCAGGUGCUCGUGUUGUUGUGGAUGCGAAACCAAGUUCGUCACAGCAGGCAUUAUUAGAUCAGUUCAUACAAAAUGCUACAAAAAAAUGCGAAGGCGACGAUGCGGGUGAAAGUAAUGAACCAUCGUACGUGUUGAGCGAUGGGAGCAAUUUGUCUGAAUUGUUGCGUGUUGCCAACGAUAUGGACUUGGCCUUUACUUACAAUUCUAGGAGAACCGGGGAAUUCUGCUUUGAAUCGAAUGCGCAAGACAUGAGGGGUCGUUUGGUUGUGUUUGCGGAUCUUGGAACUAAAGUUGCUGUGCGUGAACGUUUCAACGGCAGUGAUUUAAGUUACGAAGAAUGGAGCAAAGCUGAUUGGAAACAAUUCCUAUGGGCAGUACGCGGGAAGUGCAUGAAUGUUCUUAGGGGACUUUGA